AUGGCGCCAACACGCCGACGUGCUAGUGAAUCAUCUGACAAAAAGGACGAGCCCGAAAUGGAGCGAUCCCCGAAAGCCCACCGCCUUUCCAAUGGAUCAAGAGCGUCCACGAGCAGUUCUCCGGACGGAUCUACGACAGCCUCUCCCAAUGAAUCCAUGAACGGCUACCCGGCGGGGGCUGCUAUGGACGAGGACCGGGAGGUGGACAACGAAGAACAAGCAUCAGGCAGCAAGGGCAAGGGGAAGCGUAGAUUCAUCCCCGAUGACAAGGAAGCCAACGAAGAGGAGGAGGAGGAGGAGGAGGAGGAUCUGCCGGAGAAGGAGAAGGCGGAGGAUUUUGCCGAGAAGGCGAGGCAGAUGGCCGAGCUCUGCAGGGAGCAGGAGGAGGAAGACAGACGCAUGGACGAUGGAGAGAAGGAUGCUGCCGACGAGGAGAACGACGCGCCGCGGACCAAGACGAAAAAAGGCAAGAAAGAGAAGAAGGAGAAAGACGAGAAGAGCAGGGGCAGUAAGAAGAAGUCCGAGGCCGGUGUCGUGCUCAAGAUCAACGUCUCCAACUUCAUGUGCCACAGGAAGCUCACAGUACCCCUCUGCAAGCAAGUGAACUUCAUCAACGGACGUAACGGUUCGGGCAAGUCGGCCAUUCUCGCCGCACUGCAGAUCUGCCUCGGAGCAAAGGCGCACCUCACCCACAGGGCCAAGAAGAUGACGGACUUCAUCAGGCACGGUUGGAAGGGAGAUGCCGUCCUGGAGGUGACCCUCCUCAACACCGAGCACGGCUUCAUGUUCGAGGAGUACGGGGAGUCCAUCACCAUCAGGAGGACCAUCAAACAGCCCAGCGGAGGAGGCUUCGCCCUCGUUGGUGCCGACGGCGCGGUCAAGUCAAAGGAGAAGAGCGAGCUGACCAGGUUGCUGGACACACUAAACAUUCAGGUGGACAACCCCUGCGCGGUGCUCGAUCAGGAAAACUCCAAGAAGUUUCUGCAGGGCAGCGAGAGCGACAAGUACGCGUUCUUCAUGAAGGCCACGGAUCUGGAGCGCAUCCAUGCCGACUCUUUGGAGACGGGGCGAUCGAUCAGCACCAUGAAGGCUGGUCACCACGACGCCGUGUCGAUGCUGCCCAAAUACCAAGAGAUUGUGCGGCAGCUCAAGCUCGAACUCAAGGAAUACGAAAACCUCCGGGAGCUCAAGGAGAAAAUCAACCGCCUACAGGAGCAAACGGUGUGGGCACACGUGAACGUUUUCGAGGAGGCGGUGGCUGAGCACGAGGAGGCGAUCAAGGAAAGAAAUGCGGAGGUCGAGAAGGGCCAAGAGAAAAUCGCUCAGCUGGGGAAGGAGAUUGAGGAUACCCUCGCCAGCAAGGAGGAGGUCAAGGCACGCUACGACACCAGGGUGGACGAGAUCACGCGUCUCAAGAAGGUCGCACUGGAAGCAGGCAAGCAGCUCGUCGAUGCACAGGCUCCACUGCUGCAGCUGCGCACCCAACGAAGCACUCUCGAGGGGGAGAAGAGGGACAAGACCGCGGCGAAAUCUCUGGCCGCUAGGAAGGUCAAGGCAGCGAGAGAGGCCGCGAAGAGGAGCGCAUCUGACCAGAGGGAGAAGACUCUCCUCGGCCAAAUACAACAGACGGAAGACUCGCUGUCGGUUGUGGCGAGUAUGCUGGAGCAGAGAGGCGGGGAGGAGAAGAUGUUCCAGCUCGGCCAGGCGGUGCACAGGGCCCAAGACGCGGCGGGCAAGGCUAGGCAGGACUACGAUAACUCCAGCCAUGAGCUGGUGGCACUGAAACAAGAACUCCGCAGCCUGGAGACGGAGAAGUUCGACCCCCUCCGCGCUAUGGCACCCUUCAUGCCAGGGCUCGUCCGCAAGAUCAGCCAGGAGGCCAGACAAUUCUCGAGCCCUCCCGUCGGGCCAAUCGGAGCGUCUAUCCAGCUGAAGGAGGAAUGCCAGGAGUUCCGCGCGUGCAUCGAGGGCCACCUCUCGAGGAACCUCAACAACUUUGUGGUAUCGUGCCAGCAGGACAAGACGAGGCUGAUGGCCGUAGUGAGGUCAUACAGAGGGAGCUACAGGGGCAGCGACAAGAACUUCCCCCUUCCCACCAUCAUCGUGCAAGCGCCGCAGGCCAGGUACAGGCCGCCCCAGAACCCGCCGGGGUACCUCCAGAUCAUGCAGGCCAUCAACGUCAACAACGACCAGGCGUUCAACUCCCUGGUGGACCAGUGCUCCAUCGAGAAGAACUGCCUGUUCGCGACCAAGGAAGAGGCGGAGAAGGCAUGCCUGAGGGGACGGUCCGGCAGCUACCAGCGCAUGCCGCACGGCAUGUUCGAGGCGUACUACCCCAGCCAGGGUGGCAAGAGCUGCUCGAAGUUCAACGUGUCCGACGGAAACGUGCAGACCCGCAUGAACAUCGUCGACACCAGGCGGCAUAAGAGCGUGUUGGGUGUAGACGAGGGCACCCAGAAGCAGGAGAUACGGGCACAGAUUCAGCAGACCAACGCAGUAGUGGAGCAGCUCAGGGCCAUUGCCGACGCAGAGGCUAGGACUGCCAAGGCUGCGGAGACUGCCAUGCGCACGGAGGAACAGGAGAGGUUCCGGUUGGACGACCAAUCCAAGAAAUUCUCGAUCGAGAGGACCAAGCUGGCCAAUCAGCUGAUGGCACUGCAGGCCAAGAAGAACGACUCGAGUGACCCCACUGAGGAACUGGAGAGAGAUCUCGAAGUAGCCACUGAGGAGCUCGACGGCGUGUUGGCGGAACUAGCGACCAUGGAGGGCCAGAUACGAGAGAUUGCUGCACAGGUGGAGCCCUUCAAGCAGGCCAAGGAAGCUGCGAAGAAGGCUCACAAGGAAGCCGGAGACGCCGCGAGCACUGUCCAAGAGGAGUUUGAAGACAGUGAGCAGGUGGUUAACAAUCUCAGGAACAAGAUCAACAGGGUGCAAGGAUGGGUCGCAAAGAUUUCGGCAGACGUGCAAACGCUGUCCCGGGACAAGGACAAGAAUCAAGCCGACCUUGAGAAGACCCUCGAGAAGGCCAACCUGUACAUGACCAACAUGCGGGCAAAGGAUGGAUUGGAAUGGGACGGCGUGAGGGUGGAGUCCAGGGGUCUGACAGUGGAGCAGCUCGAGCACAAGGUGCAAGUUAGCAGGAAACGGUAUGAAAAGGAGCGCGAGAAGCGGUGCAAGAGGAGCAAGACCAAGGAGGAGGUGGAGAGCCAGCUGCUUCAAGCUUACAACCUGUUCAAGGAGAAGGAAAAGCUGGCGGACACGCUGGAGGGCAACAUGGAGAUGCUCUCGAACGAAAGGAACCAACGAACACGGAGGUGGAGGCAAAUGCGAGACUUCGUGGCACGUCAGACCAGCCGUCUGUUCGACGCGUACCUUCAAGAGAAGGGGGCCUCCGGGGAGGUACGCUUCGACAACGAGUGCCAGACGCUGGGGCUCACGUACCAAAAGGACAGCAGCGACAACGCCAGCCAGUGCAGCGACGUGAAGCUUCUCUCUGGAGGAGAGCGGUCCUUCGCUACGCUAGCCCUCCUUCUCGCCCUAGGACAGAGCCACGAGUGCCCCUUCCGGGUGAUGGACGAGUUCGACGUGUUCAUGGACGCCAUGAGCCGCAACAUCGCCAUCAAGCAGGUCAUCGAGUUCGCCAAGAGGGACAGCUCGAGGCAGUUCAUCCUCAUCACGCCGCAGGACCUGUCGUCGGUGACCGCGAGCGACGCGUGCAAGAUAAUCAAGAUGCAGCCCCCUCGAAAGGGGGACCACAACCAGACCACUCUGGAGGAGACUUUGGGCGGCGGUGGAGCCCCCUGA